AUGCUUGAAGACGAGGCUUUCUGUUUUUUCCUGGCAUUGUUUCACAAGAUCAUGCCAAAUGUAGACAUGCUAUUCAACCAGCUGCAGAAGAGGAACAUUGACCCUGUCUACAUUAAGGCAGCUGUCCAGGGAUUCACAAACAACAUGCAAGCAAUCAGGGACUCGAUUCCCUUUCUGUGUGGGGACAGUACAUCAUCUGACCAGCAGCACCAGCCCAACAAGCGACUGAGGACCCUGGGACCAGGAGAACAACAGAGGCUAGCUACAGAGGUAUGUGAUACCAUCCUGAUUCAUAGCAAGGAGCGGUUCUCCUUCACCCAGCACCUCGUCAGUGCAACAUUGCUGCAUGGAGAGUUGUUUCCACAACACAGUGUGACGUUUCCUGAAUCAGCACUCGAAACAACAGUGGAGGCAUACCCCAUGCUGAACAAGGCCAAGCUCAAAACAGAGCUGUCCCUCAUCUAUGAAAACCCUGAGUUUAGGGUUGGCAGUGGUGCAGUGCCUCUGUACCAGUUUUUCAUUGACAACAAUCUUCAAAGUACUUUCACAGAGACUGUCAGUCUUCUCAAGAUCAUAAUCACCACGCCUAUGACAACAGCAGAGUCCGAGAGGUGCUUUUCUACUUUGAAGAGGAUCAAAACUUUCCUAAGAAACACAAUGACCCAGGACCGCCUUAAUGCUCUGGCAAUGCUUUCUAUUGAGAAGAAACUUGUCAGAGACAUUCCUGACUUCAAUAAGAAAGUAAUUGAGAAGUUUGUUAAUCAGAAGGAGAGAAGAGCAAAAUUCCUGUACAAAUAA